UCUCCCGAUGGAGAUUGCCGUUGGCUUCCUCCCCAGUCGCUCCCUCCGGAUGCCACCUCAAACAAAUUAUAUCAAUGCGACCAUAAUGAUUCCUGUCUGUCUUCAAAUCGCCACUGGUACCGUAUUUGCAAAAUACGAGCCAGGAAUCAUCACCGCUAGUGGUAUGAGUGAGGAGUAUUUGACUACCCACCUGCCGGUAAUCAUCUGCUUCUAUGGCGGGGAGAGGGUUUCCGGUGGAACAGACGUACCUGCAUGGUAUCCAGCUCCUUGGGUAGGCCGCUCCCAGGAGCACAUUGUUGUCGCUGUGCAGAAUCGUGUGAGCGUGCUCGAUUUCCCUGCUUCGAGGGCCCUCAAAGACCAGGAUUUGGAUAUUUUGGACCGGCGCGCUGGCAAUGAGUGGGUGCACAAGAACAUCGCUCAAUUGGGAGUAAUCCCCGCGCAGAUGAGCCUCUGGGGUCAAAGCGCAGGCGCAGGCAGUGUUGAUAUCCAGAACUUUGCAUAUCCCGGCGAGCCUCAUGUAAAGGGGCUUGUUGCCAACCCUGACUCGGCUCUCCUCACGCUCGAUACACGUUGGACAGAAAAUUUGGGAACGAACUCUCCUCUGUUGCUUCAUACUUUGGCUGCUCGGCACGAGCUGAAUUGCCCGCGCAAGGUUCCCGUAUCUAAUAUCACUGCUUAUCGUGGCAGUUUGAAUGACUCUGGCCUGAAGUUUUCUCCUUUCAACGACAAUCGAGUCAUAUUCAACAACUAUACCGAGCGCUACCUGGGCAAACAUCUUUCCAACAAGCCUGCCAUAUUCGUGUCGCGACCAAAGCCAUGGCCCUGUCUACCUUUGGAUGUCCUGUUCCAUACUCAACCGCCCUUUGACAAUAUCUGGGGUAGACUACCUACCGCUACCAGUACCGCGUCCGGUCUAGGUGCUUAUCACACCGCUGAGCUGCCACUCAUUUUUGGUACUUCAAGUAUCUACGGCCCUGACACUCUCCUCGAAAAGGAUGUCAGCGCUAAGAUGCAAGAUCGAUGGUUGGCCUUCGCAAAGGAUCCCGAGAAUGGUUUAUCUCAGCAUGGCUGGCCUGGGUCGACGAAUAGAGAAGUCUUGCUGUUGGUGGACUCUGUCAACCAGAUAGUCUCUUCUAUGGUGGCUGACAAUGUCAUCGAUAAUGCUUGCACCAGCUACUAUUCUUCAUUUUUGGUAUAA